AUGGCGGAUCAGGGAAUGGCUAUACCGAAACGUGGAGUCAGGAUGGGUGCUCGUGGAGCGUCGAAGGUUAGGACGGGGUGUUUAGUUUGCAAAAUCCGCCGCAAAAAAUGCGACGAAGCGAAACCAUCAUGCACCCAAUGCAUCUCCACCCAUCGUCUCUGCGAAUACGCCUCCUCUCCCACCCAUCCUCAUCCUCCCUCUCAACGACGCAUCGUCCCUAGACUCAUCCAUUUCUCCCCUCAAAACUUCACGCUCCCCGAGGACGAGGUCCCGCAUCUGGAAUUCUUUACCACGGCAGGCGUCCAGGAGUUCAUCACGUUUUUUGGCAAUGAGAUUUGGGAACGUAUCGCGCUGCAAGCUAUCUUCAACGAGCCGUGUAUCCGCUCUGCGGCGCUGGCGCUCGCGGCUGUUACGCGGGUUAGGGUGUACGGCGGGGAUUGGGGGGGUGCGGUAAGGUAUGCGAUGGGGCGGUAUGGGCGGGCUAUUGGGGAGUUGAAUCGUCGGUUGGAGGGGGGGAGAGGGUGGGAGGUUGCGUUGUUGGCGGCGUUGUUUUUUGUUAGGUUUGAGAUGGUGGUCGGGGAGUGGGAGAGGUUGGAUGUGCAUAUGAGGUGUGCGCAGGGCAUUGUGGCGAGGUUUAUGGGGGGGAUGAGUUCGAGUGGGAUUCCUGGGACGGGGUUCACGGAUGGGGGGGAGGUUGGUGAGGUUGUGGGGGGGUUGUUUAGGGUUAAGUUGUUGGUUGGGUAG